AUGGUGAGUGGGAGUUCAGAUCGCAAGAGCGUUGACGGGCAUGGCGGAGCAGCGACUACAGGAAUCACGAACAAGGCCAAGAAGAAGAGCAGCAAUCCCUACUCGACGAGGGGACUCGACAAGUACUCGACCUUGCUGAGCGAUCUGGAGGCCAGACGAACAAAGAUCAUGGAGAAGGCGCAGGGCGUGUCGAUGGUCAAGUUCAAGUACUCCGACUCCGACCCCGACCAUUUGAUUCCGAUCGUCUUCCGGGGCCGAAGAGAGCAGCUCGACCGGAAGCUUGAGGACGGUAAAUCCACCACCAAGCAACCCAUGUCGCGGUCAGAGGCGCCUCGAUUUGAUUCCAAAAACGUCAAAGCAGAGGUCUUGCCGCCUCCGCCUGUCGCCGCCGGCACUGCGGCCAGAAGAAAAAGGGCAGAGAAGAGAAUGGAUUGGACGGCGCGUUAUUACUGGCAUUUGGUGGUGGUGGUGGAAUUGUUCGGUCUGGUGGUGUUUGGGAGGGCGUUUGCCGUGUGCUGCAUGUUGAUGUGGUGGUACUUGGUCCCGGUCGUGCAUGGCGAACAGGGGGGCAGUCUGAAGUUGUCAACCAAGGGCGGUGCAAGAAAAGUAAGCAACAAUAAUACGAGGGUUAACACUGGAACCUCAGUUGGAUAUCACUCUACAACAAAUGGAGUUAAGUGA